CAAUUCAACAUCGUGCCGGUGUCAAAAAAAAGAUGUGCAGAAGGAAUGGAAAGGAAAGAUUACAUAUCGAAUUAAUUUGAUUGUUAUUGCGAUAAAUAAAAUUGUAUCACACGAGCCGAACGAAAUAAAUUACGUGGAACAUGCGUUCGACCAGAGGCAUCAUUCAAAUGGCUCAAUCCUCCAAAGCGUAUCUUCUAAACUUUUUCAAGACCAUGUCAAGGGCUGGAGAUGUAAAAACACCAAGAUUUGUUGAUAUCCAAAAUGAUAAUUCUUUUGGAAAAUAUGCUGUAGUUCAACCUUGGUUGGUUUCUGAAAAAGUUAUAGUACCUGCAUAUAUACCACAGCCAUCUUACAGUCAAUCGAUGAUACCCAAAAAUGGACCAACGACACCUGAAAUUAAAAACGAAUAUCAGAUAGAAUCCAUGAAGCAGAGUUGCAAACUCGCUGGUCGCAUUCUGCGUCAAGUUGGUGUAUUAAUUAAGCCAGGCAUUACAACUGACUUUCUCGACAAGCAAAUACAUGAUAUGAUCAUUGGCAAUGGCGCAUAUCCCAGUCCACUCAACUACCAUGGCUUUCCAAAGUCUAUCUGUACAAGUGUUAACAAUGUCGCUUGCCAUGGUAUUCCAGACAAUAGGCCUUUACAAGAAGGCGAUAUACUCAAUGUUGAUAUAACUGUAUAUCUCAAUGGUUAUCAUGGCGAUUGCUCAGCCAUGUUUCAAGUGGGUGAAGUAGAUUCUGAAGGCAAGCGAUUGAUAGCAGUCACAGAAUUAUGCUUGAAGUCAGCUAUUGAAAUAUGCAAACCAAAUCAACAUUUUUGCAAUAUUGGUAAUGUGAUAGAAGAAACAGCAAAUAAGCAUAAUUUUAAUGUAAUACCUGGACUUUUGGGACAUGGUAUUGGAACUUACUUUCACGGUGCUCCAGACAUUUAUCACUUUGCAAAUGAUUUUCCUGAAAGAAUGAAAUCAGGUAUGACAUUUACUAUCGAACCAGCUUUAAGUCAAGGAACGACACAGAUUGAAAUUCUGGAAGAUGGAUGGACAGCUUGUACCAUUGAUAAUUCUAGAACAGCUCAAGUCGAACACACAAUUUUAAUAACUGAUACUGGAUGCGAAGUGUUAACACUUUAGUCUAUAAUCAUUUGUUAUCUUAUACCAAAAAUACUUAUUAUAUAUUAGUUCAAUUGUACAUAUAAAUUAAAUACAUAUACGUUUUAGUUUUUCGCAAGUAUCUGUAUUUUUAUGCGUAAAAAUAAAAGUAAAAUGUCUAUUA